AGAAUUGAAUUUAUUCUGUAGUGUAGUCAGUAGUGACUGGGGACAUUGAAUAAAACAAAAAAGUGUCUCAAAUUUUCAAUUUUAUUAUUUUUAUUUUUAUUAUAUUGCUUUGAAUGACUAAAGUAUGUACAGUAAUUCUGCAGCCGUGAACUCUGUAAUGGGGUUAAUGUCACAUUUGACUGCUUCCGAGUUGAGAGAAAUUCUGAAUGAUGAUACCAAAUUCGAACAUUAUGCUAACGAAUUGAAAACGAAUAAAGACGGAGAUACUGAGAAGGAAAUGUUGAUCGCUAGCAAUCGAUCGUUGGCAGAAUUUAAUCUGACUAAAGAACCAGAACUUGUUAGUGGUAAAAAGAGAUUACAUGAAAUGUAUGAAGAAGCGGAGAAGUUGUAUAAAAAUGUUAUGGAAAAAGUAGAUACUUUAAAGCAAAAUAAAAGUAGCUCAAAUCCAGAAACUACAUUGGCAUUAUUACAAACUAGUGCUUGUGAAACUGAAGAGGAAUCCGACAAAAUGGCUGAAAAAUUUCUGAGUGGCGAAAUUGAUUUGGAUGGAUUUUUGGAAGAGUUUUUAAAAAUACGUAAAUCUAUGCAUUUACGCAAAGCCAAAGCAGACAAAAUGGCUGAAUUACUACGUAGACGUAACAGCUCCUACAAACCAUCAGUUGAAAGUAUUUCCAAUAAAAUGGCCAGCUACCCGCAACCUGGCUAUUCUCAACCCUAUUUUCAACCAACUAAUUCUGUGCCAUAUCCAAGUGUACCUUCCAUGCCAAUGCCAGGAAAUCCUUACAUGAACAAACAUUUUUAAACCAUUUAACUUUUAAUACUAAACAUAUUCACAAAUAAUAAUCUUAUAUGUAGACUAUUUGUGUUAUAUAAAUACACUUAUAAAUUUGAAAUAUGUAUAUAAAAAAAUUAUUUAUAUAAUUAAUAUAAUGUUAUAAUAAUCUUUU